AUGGGGCUCAACAUUGCCCCCCGUUGUUGCAGACGAAUUGGCGAGGCCAGUCAUCCUGGCCCACGCUUGCAACGAGACCACUGUCCUUGGACGGGAGUGCGUGUUGGUGAAGCCCAGCACCCAGGGCCCAUGGAUGCAGCGACCAGGAAUGAGAUCCAGGCGAUGAUUCAGCAAGGCCUUGCCACCGCGUUGGCUGCGAUGGACUGGACAGCCAUCAUUGCGCAGGUCCUCCCCUCAGCAUCGCCGCCGACAAGGACAGUCCGAUUGCGGCCUGCUGAAGAAGACCAGCCCAAAGGCAAAGGCCGUAAGCGAAAGAAGAAAACCGACGCCGAAGCGGAGGCCAUGGACAUCGACUAUGCGAAGGCCGCCGGGAAAGCCGGCCUCGGUGGCAAGCCCAGUGCUCGGGUAAGGAAUGAACUGCCGGUGGCCGGAAAUGAUGCUACCCCCACUCGCCCGGCAAACAGGGCAAGGGAAAGGAGCCCACCGUGA